CAAGGAAUAUUUAAAGAUGAAAAUAUGAGCGGACUUGUGAACCGGCAUACAAAUUCUGGCCUCCAACUGAAGGCAUCGAGUAUUUUUGCUGAAGUGAAUGGAUUUGCAGCAAGAGUUUUAGCGACACUGACAUAUUACAACGAUUGCGAAUACGACGUUGAGGGGCUUUUUAUUUUCCCGCAAGAUGAAAGGGCUACGGUUGUUGAAUUCGAAGCGACCAUUGAGGAAAGACAUGUUUCUACUCAAGUUUCGGAGACAAUCACCCGGAACUCCGAAAAACACACCUUCGCUCUAGAAGAAAGAGAUGAUGAUCUAUUUUCGCUGAGUUUGGGGAGAAUUCCUCCACUGACCUCCGUGUUUGUUCAAGUGACCCUGAUUACAGAACUGGGAACGGAUGAAGCAACCGGCGGAUCAUUGUUUAUUCUACCGUCUGUAUUCACCCCUCGCCUGACGAACGACGAAAAUGAAGAAACAGAUCUGUACGGCUCACAAAUGCUUAUUACCAACAUUCCUCGCAAGACGCAAGAACCGUACAGUUUUGAGCUUCAGUUAGAAGUUGCCGCACCGUGUUUACUAGCCGGUUGCUCUUCUCGAACGCACGCUAUCCAGGUUGACGCCGAUUGCCGGGCAACGAACGCUUCCCGAAUCCACAUCACGAUCGCGGAAGCGCACACUUACGAUCGAGAACUCGAAGUUGUUCUUCAUCUGUCACAUCCUUUUGACCCUUACGUUUUGAUCGAGGAAGGAAAGAAAGGUUUUAACUCAUCACAGCGUGCUCAAGCGGAAAUGGACCAUUGUGCCAACCAGUCUGACAUACUAGAAGAUUUUCACAAAAAUGCUGCUAUCAUGAUCAACUACACACCAAGACUGCCCUCUGUACGCGGCAUUGGCGAGUACAUAUUUCUAGUCGAUCGUAGUGGAAGUAUGAGCGGGGAUCACAUAUUCCACGUCAAAGAAACAUUGAUUCUAUUUCUCAAAAGUUUGCCGACAAACUGUUAUUUCAAUGUCAUUGGGUUUGGUUCGUACUAUAGGAGUCUUUUUCAAGACAGCCAGCCCUACAACGAGGCGAACUUGGGAACAGCCUGCGCUUAUGUGCACAAAAUGAGAGCCGAUUUGGGUGGUUCCAACCUCCUUCUGCCCUUAGAAUUUAUCUUUGAAAAGCCGACAAAGCUUGGUGUUGGAAGAACUGUUUUCAUGUUGACUGAUGGAGGAAUAUCCAAUACGGUAGAAGUGGUGGAUUUUGUGCGUCGAAAUUCCUAUACAACCCGGUUCUAUACAUUUGGGAUUGGACCAGAAGCUUGCCCCCAUUUGGUUCAGGGCGUGGCCGGUGCUGGCAGAGGGCAAGCCUAUUUUAUAGCGGAUGAUGAGCGGAUGCCAGUCAAAGUGAUGCAAGCUCUGGCAGAUGCACUUCAGCCCGCGAUUACGGACCUAGAGGUCAGCUGGCACCUUCCUGACGGUUAUGACGUCAUACAAACCCCUCAACUUUUGCCAUUCGUACAGAGCAAUAAACGCCUUGUGAUAUACGGCAUCCUGUAUCGGCCCCCAGGGGACGAAAAAGAAUCUCCGAGAACACCCAUCAAGCGGAAAAUGGACUGGAGUAUGAGGUCGUUUUCAAACAGCUCUGUCAAAGUUUUUUGGUUCGAGGACGAGUGUGAUCUCCUAGCGGAGGACCAGCUGCUGCUAGAGGCAGAGGAAUCGCUUCAUUUGAGCGGAGAUGACUUUGAAAAAGAAGAUGUUUAUAGAGAUGAAGGAGGGCUUCCAGUGCAGGAGAGCUUCGAUGCUGACAUGGAAAGCGUGCCUGAACCAGAUACAAUAGAAGCCCUCGCUGAUGGUCUUCUUAAACGCAUGUACAAGGGACUUAGCCAAGAAAAAGAUGACGAAGCUGAAGAUGGCAAAGCGCAAUCCUCAGACAAACUCCAAAAUAAGGAACAUUGCGAAUCAUGUGGCGCCGAAGAGGAGGAUUCCGUCACAGACAAGCCGUCGAACAACUCUGAAGUACGCGAACGGAAUAUUAAUGCUUUGCACUUUACCAAUCACAGGCCGGCAAACACUUUAUUUCAGGACAACGUGUCGGACGGGUUUAUCAGUGCUGUUCAGAGGAGAGAAGAAUUUCCCAAAGACGAAGAUCUCGCUGAUAAUUCCCAUGAGCACCAGCGAUCGCCAAAGCUUGCGCGCGCCUACGAGCGUGACAGCGGUGUUGGUUUCAGCAUGGAAGACAGUGACAAAAGUCCCGAUGAAGGCAAGAAAACUAUAGCAGAGCUAGACGGAGAGGUCGAUGAAGAAGAUGAAGAAGCAUACGCUUUGUUUCGGACCAGUGGCAGUCCUGCCUUGGAGGAAUUUGACUGCUCAAGACAAACAGCUGUCCACAUUUACAAAAACAGCGAAUUCCUGUCGCAGCUUGGCGUGCCAGCCGACUUUGGUGCGGUCAACAUUAAGGGUUUUCUCGGGGACGAGGAGAUAGAACAAGUCAUUCCAUUUCCGGUGAACCGAUGUGGUGGUUCUUCAAAACGUCCCACAAUCCACCAGCUGCUGGCACGUUCGCUCAUCCGGGAACUGCAGUCGUCCAUAGAGUCAAAGAGUGUGGAGACCAUGGAAGUCGUAAAGAGGAUUAGUGAGCUGUCUAGUGUACAUUCUAGGCACACAGCGCUAGUAGCACGUGACCAAUAUUGCUAUGACGACCAGGUUUUGAGUGCGUUGCAGUUCCCUCAGAAAGAAAACAUUCCAGGCUUUGGGAGUCGCAAAGUUAAAGUACCGGAACGAGGUUCCGGAUUCACAGAGGGUCUGGGCCGACGUCUCCCUAGUCCAGAUGGCAGUGACCAGGAUAUCUCGCCAUAUUUUGCCGAGGGAGGAACUAACUCUGCUCACGAGUCUGGGGAAGAACCUUUGGAUUUUUAUCGCCUGGAGCGAACGGGUACUCCAGAAAGUCAGCCCGAAGAAGGUGGACCACGAAAAGAUGGCGACAGUUCCCUUUCAUCUCCCAGUAGAAGUCCUCGCAAACAAGUCCCUCCUUUGUCCACGAGAUGUGUGCUAGGUGAAAGGCAGCAAAAUCCUUCAAAAGUCAAACCCAAACUCCUCGACUCCUCAAGCUUAGACACCUAUUGGUGUUCUGGGGUCAAACAGCAUUUGUCUUUUGUACGCAUGGUCAGUUUGCAGUAUGCUCAGGGAAACUGGAACCUAGAUUCUGUUUUCGCGGAGAUCCUGGGGCUGCCACUCUCCGGCCUCCAACAAGCCUCUCCGCUGGCCGACCACUCUGUUUUUGUCGCGGAAGAUCUUCAAGAGCUGAUGAAUUCCGAUAAGUACGACAACACUUCACAGCUGUGGGCUACUUCGCUUGCGUUGAGCUGGUUACAUCGCAAGAGACCCCAGUUCGAGGCCGAGUGGAGUCUGGCAGCGAAAAAGGCCCAGCUUUGGAUGGACGGAACGGGUUGUCCGCGCGGCUUCUCGAGGGAUGAUUUGAAAGCUCUCGCCUAUCAAGCACUUCUCUUGCUCGAGACAGAGUCGCGGAAAACAUCAGUCUGCGGUGCACCCGAAGGGAAAAUAGACACUUCAUUCCCUGGAAGGCUAAAUUGUCGAAGAAACACCUGGGAUUUUUGACUUUGUUAAAAAAUAAAAUUAUCUUUCCUUGCAGCCUGUAGUCUGCACAGUAUUAUUCUUGUCCUACCUGUUCUGCCCUCGAGCAAAAUAAUGAAUCUUUUUUUUUUUUACGCAUUUAGGUAGAUUUUGACAGGUAGAUUUCAGCGAUAUCUCUCGAUUUCUUUUUAAGCUUAAUAAGUUUUAUGUUUUGUAAGGAAAUAAAACACGACCAUUUCAUUUA